CACAUUGUAAUUUCAGCCGGAUGUGAGGUGGCUUCCAGUGAGCAAGCCUAUAACAAAUACGUUGCCAGACCGCUAAGGAUACUUGUUAUUAUAAGCGACAAAUUUCAGGCGUUAAAAUGGAUUAGGUGGGCAUUUACGUAGGAGUUAUCCGCCAAACUACACAAGAGGCGAACCUUGCUUACAUAUCAAGUGGCUGGAUUUAUCCAAACUGAUUAAACUGUAAGCGAGCUACGUAAGCCAAAGAAGCUUCGUCUUCUUCGGUAUCGGUAGCUGACUCAAACAUGGUACGAGCAGCAUUGGUAACAGCCACCAGUAUGGCAUUGACAGGGGCUGUAGUGGUACAUGCUUACCUCCUCAAACAUCAGUUCUAUCCAACUGUGGUCUACCUAACCAAGAGCAGUCCAAGCAUGGCGGUGUUGUACAUUCAGGCCUUUGUUUUGGUGUUUCUGUUGGGAAAGUUCAUGAGGAAAGUCUUUUUUGGACAGCUAAGGGCUGCAGAAAUGGAGCACCUCAUUGAACGCUCCUGGUACGCUGUGACUGAGACAUGUCUGGCCUUCACUGUAUUCAGGGAUGACUUCUCCCCUCGCUUUGUUGCCCUGUUUACCCUCCUGCUCUUCCUUAAGUGUUUUCACUGGCUUGCUGAAGACCGGGUGGACUUUAUGGAACGGAGCCCAAACAUAUCUUGGAUUUUUCACUUGAGAGUUUUAUCACUCAUGGGGCUACUGGGGGUCCUGGAUUUCCUUUUUGUCACCCAUGCUUGUCAAAGCAUUAUCACUCGAGGAGCCUCUGUCCAGCUUGUUUUUGGAUUUGAGUAUGCCAUCCUGCUGACCAUGGUGUUGACAACCUUUAUCAAGUAUGUGCUGCACACAGUUGACUUGCAGAGCGAGAAUCCUUGGGACAACAAGGCUGUCUAUAUGCUCUACACUGAGCUAUUCACAGGUUUCAUCAAAGUGCUCCUGUACAUUGCCUUCAUGACCAUCAUGAUAAAGGUCCACACUUUCCCCCUGUUUGCAAUACGACCUAUGUAUCUAGCUAUGAGGCAGUUCAAGAAGGCUGUCACAGAUGCUAUAAUGUCAAGAAGAGCCAUUCGCAACAUGAAUACAUUAUACCCUGAUGCUACUCCUGAAGAUCUGCAGGCCUCUGACAAUGUCUGUAUCAUCUGUCGAGAGGAAAUGGUCACUGGAGCCAAGAAACUACCUUGUAAUCAUAUUUUUCACUCCAGCUGCUUGCGCUCCUGGUUCCAGAGGCAGCAGACCUGCCCCACCUGUCGCAUGGAUGUCCUCCGAGUAUCUAAUAACCAUCAGACUCCAACUCCAGCCCAGCCCCCGCCCCCUGCUCCUGCAGCUCCUGCCAAUGCCCCUGCCGCCCCACCUGCAAAUGUGGCCCCAGGAAUGUUACCUGGCUUUCCACCUGGUGUGUUCCCCUUCUGGGGUCCCUUCCCUGCAGUGCCUACUCCUGCUGCAGAAGAGGCAGCUCCUGGGCCUAGUGAUGCUCCUCAAAACAAUACAGACACUGCACAAGCAGCUGGCACUAGCCAGCCAAUCUUGUCAUCUUCAGAUACCGCUGCUGCAUCAGGUGUUCCACCUGGAUCGGCAAUGCCAGGCUUCCCCUUUUCUUUCCCCCCUCCUCCUUUUCCCACUACUCCAUGGUUGCCUAUGCCACCACCUCCUCCCUUUGCUCCCAAGAUGUUGACUUUACAUAUAUUUGAAGGUCAAAAGUCUACAUGGAAAGGCAUUGCCAUGGGGAUUUUUUUGUUCACCUUGAAACAGGAAUACGUGUCUUCAAUGCCACCACCUCCCCCGUCUCUAUCCCGGCUGUCGGAGGAAGAACUGAGGGAGCUGGAGGCAGAAGGCCGACGGGGCCUUGAGGCAAGGCUCCAGUGUCUUCAGAACAUUCACACCCUGCUGGAUGCUGCCAUGCUAAACAUCCACCACUACCUAAGCACUGUCGCAACACUCACUCCCUCUCAGGCAGAAGGUAUCAUGGGAGAAUCCAGCAGGAAAAAGCAUGCUGCUUCAUCCCCUGCAGCUGACAGUAGCACAGAUAGCCCUAGACGGGAGAAAGACUCCCCAAGCCCUGAGAUGGAGGACGAGGGCACUGUUUCCCUCAAGCCGUCAGAUGCUUCUUCAUUUGCUUUGGAUGUAGAACAGGAUCAGGAAGGAAUGACAGUGGAAGAUGGAGAGCCCAACACUGUCGAGCUAAGGCGCCGGCGUCUUCGUAAGCUAGAGACAUCAUCGCCAUCAUCUAUACCCCCACCUGACAACUGAUUCCUGUGUUCUGCCUUAAACAUAUUGCACUGGACCAACAGGAAUUUUGAGUUGACUUUCUUGGUGCAUUUGUUCUUCUUUGUUUCUCUUACUGAAAGCUCUUGUCAUCUACGCAUUUUUUAUUCUCUUAAGCUUGACUGAAGCCCACUUAAAGAUGCAGUGAUCUUUACUGCUUGAAUAUUCGUUCAUAUGAAACCCUAAAUUUGAAAGGGACAGCUUUCAGAUUUCGGUUUUGGUAGGUUUACUUUUGUUUAGGGCUUCCUUUAUUUUUGUUUAUUUCAUCUCCCACCCCACCCCAAAUAAUUUUGGCCACAAAUGCCCCAUUAAGUAUAUAACAGAUCAUCUAGUGUGACAUCAACUGAAAUUGAAUUAAGGGAAGUUGAUCUAGCAGAUUUGACUUUGUCUAUCACUAUUCUGUUGCCACUACGGACUUUGUAACAUAUUGAUCCAUUUGAAUGUGUAUAUAUUGUAUAAAGGGUUUUAAUAGGUGAUCUAUACAUAAUGCUGAAUAAAAUGCAGUGGCAGUGGCACAACAGGUAUUUUUGCUUGCAUGUUCACAAACAGGUGCCAUAGUAUUGAAUAUUCCCAAAGGGUUUCUUUAUGCAUUCUUCAUAGUUAUAAAUUGAUUGAUUCAAGAUGCAAAUAAAGGCACCAUCAAAUCUGGGAUACAA